CGGAUCCCUGGGUUGGUCUGGCUGGGCCCGUUGACGUCACCACCAAGUUUGCUGUCCUUCGCGUCCCACGUGUGGCGGUAGCGGCCAAGGAGGCUGCGGGGAGCGUCUAGGAGCACAGUGGCAGUGGCCGAUGACAGGUCCCGAGCAGAGGGUCCACUCCAGGCGGCUCCCAGCUGGGGCCCCAGAGGAGUGGGUAGACUUCCGGAGCGCCCCAAGAGGCCAGAAGGCUGGAGUUCCACUCAGAAAGAGGGACUACGGGGGACCUUGGUCUGUGCUGAGAGGAUUUGAGCCAGGACUCCUUCCGAGCGCGCUCCUGGGAGGGCCAGGACAGCAGAGAAGCCAGCAGCUGGGAAAAGGGUCACUCGCUUUGUCCGGAGCGCACACAGCUCUGCGGUCCGGGAGCCCCGCGUCCCCUCCACAGGGACCGAGCCAAGGAUGCACGGUCGCUGAGCCGAGAUCCGCACCGAGUGGCCGCUCAGGACCCUGCUGAGCCCAGCGCCUUCGCCACCACCGCCGCAGAGACUGCCUUGCCCUGCGACUCGUGGGGGCCCAGGGGCGCCGAGCUCUGCUCAGCUAGGCUCAGGACGGACUCGGGCGCACUUCAGACCCGAGACGAUGGUUUCUUAAGCACGGCCCCCGAACCCUUUCCUGUCCCUUCGUCCGGAGCCCGGGACCCCGAGAAGGGCUCGCGGCUUCUGGUCCCUGCUCCAGCUCUGGCAGCCUCCCCGCGGGGCAGCUCUCCCGCACGCAGGGGCGCUCCGGCGAUGUGGCCGCAGGGCAGGGCGCGGGAUGGCAGGGCUCCCUGCGCAGUCCCGGCCUAGCAUGGCCCGCGCGUCGCCAGUCGCCUCCGGCUAGGAUGGCCCCCUCGGGCCCCGCCGGCGCCCAGCCCAGCCCGGCUGAGCCACUGUCGCGCAGCAUCUUCAGGAAGUUCUUGCUGAUGCUCUGCUCGCUACUCACUUCCCUCUACGUCUUCUACUGCCUGGCUGAGCGCUGCCAGCCCGGAUCAGGCCCCGUCGCGGGGGUCCCGGGGCGCGGCGUCCCUGCAGGACCGAGGGAGCUGGCGGCGUGGCCCGCGGGGGCGCAAAGGAAGCGCCUCCUGCAGCUGCGGCAGCGGCGGAGGCGCGGGCGGUCCGGGCCAGGCGACGGCGGCGACCAGGACGAGCAGAGCCCCGGCCUGGCCGCGGCUCCAGGAGGCUCCGGGGCGGGAAGCAGCGUGGUGGAGGCCCAGUCGGGGACCCUGGCCCUUCUCUUGGACGAGGGCAGCAAGCAGCUGCCGCAGGCCAUCAUCAUCGGCGUGAAGAAGGGCGGCACGAGGGCGCUGCUGGAGUUCCUGCGCGUGCACCCCGACGUGCGCGCCGUGGGUGCCGAGCCCCACUUCUUCGACCGCAGCUACCACAAGGGUCUCGCCUGGUACCGGGACCUGAUGCCCAGAACCCUGGAGGGACAGAUCACCAUGGAGAAGACGCCCAGCUACUUCGUGACCCGGGAGGCACCCGCGCGCAUCUCGGCCAUGUCCAAGGACACCAAGCUCAUCGUGGUGGUGCGCGACCCGGUGACCAGGGCCAUCUCGGACUACACGCAGACGCUGUCCAAGCGGCCGGACAUCCCCAGCUUCGAGAGCCUGACUUUCCGCAACCGCAGCGCGGGCCUCAUCGACACAUCCUGGAGCGCCAUCCAGAUCGGCCUGUACGCCAAGCACCUGGAGCCCUGGCUGCGCCACUUCCCGCUCGGCCAGAUGCUCUUCGUGAGCGGGGAGCGGCUGGUCAGCGACCCGGCCGGGGAGCUGCGCCGCGUGCAGGAUUUCCUGGGCCUCAAGCGCAUCAUCACCGACAAGCACUUCUACUUCAACCAGACCAAGGGCUUCCCUUGCCUCAAGAAGGCGGAGGGCAGCGGCAAGCCGCACUGCCUGGGCAAGACCAAGGGACGUGCGCACCCCGCCAUCGCGCGCGAGGUGCUGCGGCAGCUGCGUGACUUUUACCGGCCCUUCAACCGCAAGUUCUACCAGAUGACCGGCCGCGACUUCGGCUGGGAUGGAUAGCAGAUAUAAUUUUAAAAGAAAAAAAUAUCAAAAUAUAAUAUAUUUUUUUA